CUUCAGUACCGUAUUGUCGUUCACUGGUUCACAAUGUGGUGUUAUGAUCGCGCUCAGCCGCAAAUUCUCUACUGCAACGAGGGUCUUCAGCUUGAUCCGAUUUAUCCCGAAACAACUCUCUCGUCAUUACCAACGACAACAACCAGUUCCAGCAACGCAAUCUUUUAUUCCCUUCUCUCAGCUUCAACAAGAACGCGAACUAUUGGAGUCACAUCUGGUAUACACACUCCAUGGCUGUACCAAUCUCAACCAAAUCAAACAAGUGCAUGCGCAUAUUCUCCGGAAGGGGCUUGACCAGUCCUGCUAUGUGCUCACCAAGCUCAUACGCAUGCUCACGGAAGUCAAUGUCCCCAUGGACCAGUACCCUCGGCUUGUUUUUUAUCAGGUUAAGCACCGAAACCCAUUUCUGUACACGGCUCUCAUUCGCGGCUACGCUCUUCAAGGCCCCUUUAGUGAGUCGGUUUUGUUGUAUAAUUCUAUGAGAAGAGAAGGUAUCGGACCUGUGUCCUUCACAUUCUCCGCCCUUUUUAAAUUGUGUGGUGCCGUUGGUGAUGUUAAUUUGGGGAAGCAGAUACAUGCUCAGACGAUUUUGAUUGGUGGCUUCUUGUCUGAUUUGUAUGUUGGGAAUUCUAUGAUUGAUAUGUAUGUGAAAUGCGGGUUUAUUGACUGUGGGCGUGAAGUGUUUGAAGAAAUGCCCAACAGGGACGUUAUUUCUUGGACGGAGUUGAUUGUUGCGUAUGCCACGAGUGGAAGCAUGGAAUCUGCGGGGGAGUUGUUUGAGGGCAUGCCCGCGAAGGAUAUGGUGGCGUGGACUGCAAUGGUUACAGGGUUUGCCCAGAAUGCUAAGCCAAGGGAAGCCAUAGAGUAUUUUGAGAGAAUGCAAGCAGCCGGUGUUAGCACAGAUGAAGUUACUUUAGCUAGUGUCAUUUCAGCAUGUGCACAACUGGGUGCUGCAAAAUAUGCUGAUUGGAUCCGGGAUAUUGCUGAGAAAUCUGGAUUUGGGCCUGGUCGUAAUGUUGUGGUGGGGUCUGCACUCAUAGAUAUGUACUCGAAAUGUGGGAGCGUGGAGGACGCAUAUAAGGUCUUCAUGGUGAUGAAGGAGAAGAAUGUAUUCUCAUACAGCUCAAUGAUUUUGGGUUUUGCAAUGCACGGUCAUGCUAAAGCAGCAGUGCAGUUGUUCCAUGAGAUGGAGAAAACUGAGAUUAUACCCAACAGAGUUACUUUCAUAGGGGUUCUCACGGCAUGUAGCCAUACCGGUAUGAUAGACCAAGGUCGUCAGAUAUUUGAAUCCAUGGAGGAAUGUUAUGAUGUUGAACCAUCUGCUGAUCAUUAUGCUUGCAUGGUGGAUCUCCUUGGACGAGCUGGACGCUUGGAUGAGGCCCUUGAUCUGGCCAAUACGAUGCCAAUAAAGCCCAAUGCUGGUGUUUGGGGGGCUCUACUUGGAGCAUGUCGGAUACAUCGAAACCCAGAUAUUGCCCAGAUUGCUGCUAAUCAUUUGUUUGAGCUUGAACGCAAUGGUAUCGGUAACUACAUCUUGCUCUCUAAUAUAUAUGCGUCUGCCGGAAGAAGGGACGAGGUUUCAAGUGUAAGAAAGAUGAUGAGAGAGAGGAAUAUACAGAAAAAUCCUGGAUGUAGCUGGGUUGAAACAGAUAAAGGAGUAAUUCACGAGUUCUUUGCUGGGGAUACGAGACAUCCAAAGUCUAGUGAGAUGAAACUGGCUCUGGAGGAACUUAUGGAUAGAUUACAUGCUAAUGGGUACCGAGCAAUGCUAAAUUCUGUGGUCUAUGAUAUUAGUGAUGAAGAGAAGAAGCGGAUAUUGAUGGCUCACAGUGAGAAGUUAGCUUUGACAUUUGUGCUAAUCAGUACGAAUUCUGGUUCCACCAUAAGGAUUAUGAAGAACCUGAGAACAUGCGAGGAUUGCCACUUAUUCAUGUGUGCUGUAUCGCAAAUUACAGAGAGGGAGAUUGUUCUGAGGGACAACAUGAGAUUUCACCAUUUUAGGGGUGGGAAAUGUUCUUGUGGUAAUUUCUGGUGAUUGAUGCUUGGGAUCUGAAGUUGCCAGCCCAAACAUUGAAUUUGAAGGGGUGGGGAUUGAUUUAAUUCAUUGAUAUACAAGAAAAGUGUUCUU